AAUUACACUUAUGCAGGAAGUUAUAAGAUAAGUUCGUCCAUGAAAGCAGAUAAGAUUGAACUGUAUAGAACUUAUUGCGUACAAACACGUGGUGGGAAUCAGCUGAUUUGUGGUUGAACGUCAAAAUACAAAUGAGUGAUCAAAUACUUCUAUUCUUUGUGAUAUGUGAUAUACGUACUUUGAAAUAAAAUAAAUAAUAUUAAAUCAUAAAAAUGAUGGUAGAUAUAGACGAAGCCGAAGUGACCAAGGUUCAAUCACAAAAUGACAGUAUUAAGGAUAUAGCAGACUUUUCUAAAGCUACAGAAAAAUUGGCAACUGGAAUAUUAACUAUCUAUCAACCAUCAUUAGAGAAAGUCAAGGAAAAUCUUAAUGAAUUGACAAGUAAGCAAGAAGUUUUACUUGAUCAAAUACAAAAUGAUAAUAAGAAACUUCAAGAUGUCCUUGAAGAUACGGAUUUAAAUGAAAUGUUUGCUACCAUUAAAUUAUAUCAAGGAAAAUUAACAACUAUUAAAAAGGAAAUGGUCAUGGUACAUGAUAGGACCUUCAAAUUAAAAAAACGGGCGUUACGUUUACAACAAAUUAAACAGAAGGAAGCUCUUGGUAGAGAACAACAAAGAGAACAAGAGCUUCGUAGAGAACAAGAAUUAAUCGGUAAACCUACAACAUCUCAAUGAAAUUCAAUGCCUGUAAAGAUCUACAAAAUCGACUACUUAGAACAGAUAGUAUAUAUAUAUAUGAUAAGAUAAAUGCUAAAAAAUAUAGAAACAUUGUGCAUUUAUAUAAUUAAUAUUGAUAAAAUAUUUAAAAAAAUGUAUUAACA